AUGGGAUUAAAGUUCUACAGAGCUUCAAACAGACCAAGAAAGGUUAGAAAGAGAUUGACUAACACCAGGACAUUCUUCAGUACCCAUAAAUGGGUUUCUUACUUCGCACAUCCAAAUGAAGUACCAGGACAUCCAUUCAAGGGAGGAAUGUGGCCAAUGUCAAGAGGACUUCUCAUGAACCCAGAGAUUAAGAGAUUCGCUAUUGCCUCUCCUCUCUUCUUCAAGCCAGUCAGACCAGGAGCUGGUCCAGGAGAUGUUUCUGAAGAGAAGACAUUUAUCAAAAGUUCAGAGAAAUUAAUUGAGGCUUAUACCGGAGCUGAGAAGCAUGAUGGUAACUCUAGGUACCAGGCCAUUCGCAAGAACCUUGCCAAUUGCUUUGCUAGCAGUGUCAAGACCAAAACUGACCCAGAAGUUAAGUGCCAGUACUACGUCCAGGGACUGAAGAGAGAAGUUGCAAAUUAG